GCGCGGGAAGUCAGACGACGAGCGAGCCCUAGGGUUUCCGCUUCUGCCACUGACGACGUCACUGGCCGAGCGAAGCCGCCUCCUCUCGCUGAUCUUGCGGUACCAUUCAGCCUUCGUGUUGAUUCUUGGAUGGUGUUAGUGUUUUGACUUACCGAGAGAACUGUUAAUGUUAUAUCCAGGUGACUGGAGUGGCAAUGACUUAUGUCGUAUUAUUGGUACAUGAUGAAUUGGGUGCUUGAAUACAUGCUGCUAGAUGAUUAUCAGCUUGCCCAUGUUCCCUGGCAAUGAACUCGCUGAUUUUGAGAUAUAGCCAUUAGAUUCAAAAUAUAUACAAGUUUCUUGCUGGAAAUUUUGGUAGCUCACUAGUAAUGUGAAAAUUGGUACAUUAGUGUUUUACAUAUGGUACCAGAAAAAACGUGUGCUGUCACAGGGUCACUUGCAAGCACGUUUUUCUUGGUCAACUAGCUUUGUUCUUCAGAUGACAUACUGCAUCAUUCUAUUUUCUAUGCUUGAUGUUCUUGUAUUAAGCUGAGAUUUUCUCCAGUUGCAAAAGUUGUGACUAGGAGCAGAGAUGCACAUGUCUAGUUUUUGCAGUUGCAAAUGAUGUUUAAGGUCCGCUCUCAAGAAAGCAACAUGCAAGUUUGUUGGCAUGCACGCACCAUGAACUUUGGAAGAGUGGGUCCUCUAAGGCAUCCAAAGAUUUGUCCCUGUAGCCAAAUCAGGAGCUCAUUCAGGCAAAUGCAGAUGAACACUGCCCACAAUGAUAAUUCACGAGGUUCCCUUAUUGUUCUGGAAGGACUAGACCGCAGUGGGAAGACUUCACAAUCUAAUAGACUGGUCACAUUCUUAAAGGAAAAAGGAUUAUCAGUUGAAUUAUGGCGGUUCCCUGACAGAAGUACUUCUACCGGCCAAAUGAUAUCUGCAUAUCUUGCAAAUGAAUCACAAUUAGAUGAUAGAGCAAUACAUUUGCUUUUUAGUGCAAAUCGCUGGGAGAAAAGAUCACUAAUGGAGAGCAAGGUAAUGAGUGGAACCUCUCUUAUUAUUGAUCGCUAUUCAUAUUCUGGAGUAGCAUUUUCUGCCGCAAAGGGGCUAGAUGUAGAGUGGUGUAAGGCUCCAGAAGUGGGACUGAUAGCUCCAGAUCUGGUUAUAUAUCUUGAUAUAUCUGCAGAGAAAGCGGCAGAAAGAGGAGGCUAUGGCACUGAAAGGUAUGAGCAGCUGGAAUUCCAAAAGAAAGUUGCGGAGCAUUAUCGGACCCUUUAUGAUGCUUCUUGGAAGAUUGUUGAUGGUGGCCUCCCUGUGGAAACACUGGAGGAACAGAUAAGAGAGAUUGCGUUGGGUUGUAUAUUGACAUGCCAAAAGGGCAAGCCACUCAGCAAACUCUGGCAGGCCAAAUAGUUCUCUUUAAUGGAAGUCUUCCUUCAUAACGACCUGCAUCCUGCAAAGGCUUGUAACUGCAUGUACGCUUCAUCAGCUGAUUUUUACGUUCUUGAUGAUGAUUUCUUGGUCCUUCUCGGCCUUGCUGGUGCAGCAACUAAGAUUUUCAGGUUCGUUUUAUAGAAGUAAUCUGUGUUGGAAAGCAUGCACAUCGACAGUAGAUGAUUCUUAGCUUUUGUUGUAGGCGAGUUGAAGACCCACGUUUGGUAAUUUUCCUGUAGUCAACAGCUUUAAAUAGUUCAGGGCUCGACUGUCAUGGUUUAUUUACCUGUAGGAGCAGUUAUUAUACAGCAUGGGUGAGUUGUGAUUGACCGAAUACACUGUUUUUUCCUCUGAAUUGUGAUUGAUAUCCUCGUUAGCAUUUUUUUUUUUCUCUUUCAAAGAACUUCUCGAAGUAGCAUUCAAUUUGUAAAUGAUAGUUUUUUGUUCAAA